AUGGAAACGGAGUACGUCUGCCCGACAUGUCGCAAUUCUCCGUUGGUUGCGGAUGCGAUGAUGACAUCGGCUGGCAAUAGCUCCGUCGCAGCAUCACCAAACUCCAUAUCCACUCACGAUGAAGCAUCGCGUAGUGCCCCCAUAGAGAGCAACUAUGGCAUGGAUUCGCCUUCUAACAGGAACAGUCCGCUGACGUCACUGGCACACAUAGAUUCUUCCUUUAACGAUAUUUUCAGCAUUACACAAUCCGGAGGAGGGAUUCAAAAGAUUUAA